ACAAAAAAUACGGUUCUCCGCGUGGGCCACCGUCGCAAGAUACACAGACAACAAACAUGGCUUCUGUUGGUUUCUGUGGAGAGUGGGUUUCUUUCGUCUGCGACAAGAAACUCGUGGCAAUUCACAGGAAACAGGCCAGAGAAUUGUUUGUGUACGACUGCAGCACUGCUGAGAAGAAGCCAAAGAAUGGGAAGGAUGAUAACAGCAGUGAUGGUGGUGCCUCAGAGGAAACAGGAAGUGACAAAGUCCUUGCCCUUGCUGUGUCUUCAUCUGGAAAGCUGGUGGCGCUGACUGAUGACACCAAGAGACUAGUCCUGUUUCACUGUGAGCCGUCAUGGCAGUGUAUCAGUAUCAGAUGGGUUGUGAGAAGAUGUACCUCUCUGAUGUUCAGCCAUGCGGAGGACGAGCUGCUGGCGACUGAUAAAUCAGGAGAUGUGUACUCCUUCUCAGUGGUGGAGCCGCAGAGAGAGGGCGAGCUGAAGAUGGGCCACCUGUCGAUGCUGCUAGCUGUGAGCAUGUCGCCGGACGACAAGUACAUCAUCACAGCAGACCGUGACGAGAAGAUCAGAGUGAGCCACCUCAGGUCUCCAUACAACAUCCAGUCCUUCUGCCUGGGACAUCAACAGUUUGUCAGUGCUCUGCUGGUCCCAUCAGGUCAUCCACACUGGCUGCUGUCUGGAUCUGGGGACGGGACAAUGAAGCUGUGGGAGUACGAGUCUGGCCGUAAACUGCAGAGCUGGGACCUCAAGGAGCUUGAGGAUGCACCGAGCUCUGAGGCUGUCAAACACAAGUCAACUGUAUGCCGUAUCACAAGCUCUCCUGACGCUCGCCAUGUAGCUGUGCAGUGUGAAAGAGUGUCCAGCGUUCAGUUUUUUACCCUGGACCAGGAGGGCGAGGAGAAGCUCGUGCCACACAGCAGGCUCUCCCUGCCCAGCUGUCCCCUGGACAUAGCCUUUGACCCUGAGGGCCGUCUCUGGGUGCUGAUGGACUCCAGUGAUGCACCACUCCAGAUUUACACACACACAAAAGACUCCUGGGAGUGUGAUGCUGAGAGCCCUGAACUGAACAGAGUGACUGAAGCCUUUAAGCCACACUGGGAGACACUUGAGGCCUCCACAAGGGCCGACAGCUGCUUCGAGCAUCUGUACAAGGUGAGCUUUGACAACGUGACGACAUACCUGCAGAAGAAGCAGCAGAGACUGGAGGAGCAGCAGCUGAAGAGGGGGAUGGCACAGAAAGCAAAUGUCAACAAGAAGGCCAAGAAGGAGACGUCACAAGCUGGAAUUCAGUCAUCUAGCUGAACAGACACUUUGAGAGAGAGCCAUUACUUCCUUUAUGUUUAAUACUUUGAAUGAUGUGAAUGUGUGCAUUGAAAAGGCAAGUAGAGCAUAUGUGCUCUACCACAUGGCUAGUGUAAAGAGAUUUUUAUGUAAGGCUCAAAUUUCUGGCUGACUUUGAAAAAUAAACGUUACAGCUAACAUUAA